UUAUUUUAACUAUGAAACGAGAAAGCUUCCCAAACCUCUCACCUUAAUGCCAAUUAGUCCAUCCCUUACAUCAGCGACAGUAAAAAGUAGAUUCCAACUUUCUGAUGUAUAAUAUAAAUUACAUCAGAUUGAAAUAUUGGUCUCAUCAGUGAUCAGGAUCUUGAUCGUCCGUUAGCUAUUUAACACCUGUAAAAUAUCCGAGCAUUUCACACCCAAAAACUUUCCCAAUAUUACCAGAAAAUUAAAAAAAAAAAAAGAAAACUUAAAAGCACAGGAAGAUAAAAUCAUGAAGCGACUCAGUCCCACCAAUUUACAGAAAUGCAGGGUGAUGAAGCCAGACUCUUGCUAGGCUUCCCACCUAAUUCUCGCCCUACCCCUUCUCAGGUUAAAGCAGCUUAUAGAAAGAAAGUAUGGGAGUCGCAUCCUGACUUGUUUCCAGUUCACGAAAAGCUUUCGGCCGAGUCAAAGUUCAAGUUGAUUGCAGAAGCUUACGCUUGCCUACGGUCUGGAGAUUUGCAUUUGGAGAGGGAUUUCCAGUUUUCCAAACGGCGAAAUUCACUGUAUGGUUGAAAUUUGAUUCUAGUGUGCUGGUUUUAAAAACUUUUAUUCACUUUUGUUUAUUUCAAUUUUUUAAUUUAAUCAUGAACAACCUUGUGAUAUAAAGUUUUCUGCUCUUGUGCUACUUACCAAUUGG